UUGCAAUUGUUUUUCUCCGCAGCAUCGGUGAUCUUUAUUAUCUGGACCACAAAGACAUUCCGGCUUGCAACGUGUCAGUCUGACUGGAGGGAACUUUGGAUCGACGAUGCCUUUUGGAGGUUCCUCUUCUCCAUCAUUUUGCUGGUCAUCAUGUUCUUAUGGAGACCUUCUGCCAACAACCAAAGAUAUGCCUUUAUGCCCUUGGUGGACGAAGGGAGCGAACAAGAGGAUGAGGACGAAGAGCAGAUGGUAAACGAGGCCUAUGAAGGGAUGAAGAUGCGGGGAGGAAAACCCGAAGCCAACGGGAUCCUCAAGGGCAGCAGAGUGGAUGAAGACUUGAAAUGGGUGGAAGAAAACAUUCCCUCUUCUAUGGCCGACGUAGUGUUGCCGCCUUUGCUAGACUCUGAUGAGGAAAUCGUGACCACCAAAUUCGAAAUGUCCAAGAUGGAAUGAAAAAUCCCAGCCCCAGUCGCUCCGCCGCCGGCUCUUCCUGAUGGGUUUUGUUUUUGUUUUGGUACAGAUGAAGAUGGCCGCCUCCUUUUUUUCCUUCUUCUUCUUCACACGCAUAUAUAUAUGUAUACAUAUAUAUAUAUUUGUAUAUGGUUAAAGGAUUAUUUUACUACCUUUUUUGCCUUUCUAACUCUGUAGCGUUUCCCCCCGGCCGGGCC